AUGUCCGAGACAACCGAAACCACGAAGUUCCCUCUCUUGGGUGAGGGCAACUAUGGCGAGUGGGCGAUCCAGAUGGAAGCGGAGCUGAUCAGGAAGGAGCUGUGGGAGGUGAUGACGAUUGAAACAUCGCCACCGACGGAUGCGACGGAGAUGGAGGCAGCAGUGUGGCUGGAGGCGGAAAAGGCCAAGCGCUUGAUGACCAAGAUGGUGAAAGCACGGGCAGAAAUGGUGCUGCGGGUAUCAGCAGGGCAGCUGGUGCACCUGGUGAGUCGUGACCCUAUGGAGUGCUGGGCGACUCUGACGCAGGUGCACCGAGCGUACGGGUUUGCGACCCGACUGGCGAUGCGGCGAUGCUUUCACAGGGCGGUGUGUUGA